AUGACUACCAUCGCCCCAAUUAAAAAACCUAAGAAAAGGAAGUCUAAAAAAGCUAAGGUAGAUCUAACUGAUCUGGGUGUAACUUAUACUGGCAUCCGAUGUCCACCUGAUGAAGAAGCUAUAAAUGAACUGGUGCGCAUCGGUUAUCAGAGAAUCCCAGUCGGCAUUCCUCAUUUCGAAAAGGAGGACAACUGGGAGCACGACGACGAGGAAGAGAACCCUGCGGCCAAGAAGGGCAAAAAGAAAAGAUCGGCCAAGACUUCUGUCAAAGAGCCGAAGGCCAAGAAGGGAAGAGCCGAGUCUUCAAAGAAGUCCAGUAAAAAGCCUACCGAGCUGCAAGGUUCGGCCAUGUUCAAUCCAUCCCCUGCGCCGUCUCAAAGCUGCCAGUCUUCAUCAAAGGGAGAUACCCAUACUGACGGCGAUCAACAGAAUGUGGGCGAUUCCCAAGGCGCCGAGGGGGUCAAUCAAAGCUCAAAGGCGACCAGCUCUCAGACCCCCAACGUCUCAGAGAUUUUCAGAAAAAUGGAGACACCUGCUCUACUGUCGCCCCUGGCCUCCGAAUUCCUCAACCUUGGGGCUGACAAAACUCAAUCUCCUACUUCUAAGAUUCCAGCCUCUCCACCUUCUGUCACUGAUGUGGCGGCCAAGGCAGCAGCUUUCCUGGACUCGGACAGUGACACCGAAGAGCCUCUUCCUGUCCUUGAAACCGAGAAGGUGACUGAGGUGAUCGGUCAAGCCCCGAACUGGGAAGACUACCUCGACGUGAUGGCUCGCAUGAAAAACGAGGGCAUCCAGCUUUUCAAAUCUUCUGAGGACGUCGCAAAGUUGAGGAAGGCGACGACUGCUCUGGCCGAGGCUCCUGCUGAAAUUUUAACGAAAGAGGCUUGCUCUGCUGUGGCGAGGCUCUCGGCUUCCCUGGAGGCUUUUCAGAGGAUGUACAAUGAGUCGGUCUCGAUUCAAUCCGAGCAUGAUAAUCUGGUUCGGCAGGAGCUCGAGUCAAGGGAGAAACUGGACUCCUUGAAGGCCAGUGUUAAGACUGCUGUCACCACCCUUCAGGGCCGCCGAUCACGUGUCAAGGAGCUGGAAGAGAAGAUCGCUUCGAUGCAACGUGAGUUGAGUUCUGAACAGAAAAGCAUCGGCGAUCUUGAGGUCUCAAUGGACAAAGAGAUGGCAGAGGGGAUAGAGGUGAAGAAGCGUCGGAACCUUCUCAAGGGGGACCUUUCAAAGAUGAAGCCGAAGUAUGACACGGCGAUGACUGAGUUCAAUCAAGUUCGCAGCGAACUGGGCGCUUGUUUCCGCCAUUUUUAA